UCCCGUGAAGAGAAAGCAUUGUCCCUUGAGGACGGAGCAGCUACUGUCUGCUUAUGGCGCUUUGCAAAAAGUGGCGGUUGAAGGCGGUUGUCUGGACUCUUCUUACGAACGAAGCUGUUGCCCUGCCACUCUCGAGGGACUUGGAUGCGAAAAUGAGAAAGCAAACAAGUGCAAAGGAUGAUGGAAACCGGUACGGCACGGCAUCCGCGUAGAAUGCUUGUCUUGGCACUGGCUCCCCAAAUCCCGUAUCAAUCUGGCACUAGUUCUCGCUUAAUCAACCGAUCAACUGGCUGCCGUGCAUGGACUGCGGAUGCUAUCCGACGAAAAGAGUCAUUGGAUGAUGCUUGGAUGUAUUCGCACCACUAACACGCCCAGACUCAUAUGUAUCGCUCAUUGAUCAAGCCACCUCUACCGUUGCUCCCCUUCAUUUCAGGGAUUCGUCAGUUGUAUAUGGGUAGCAUGAGUGCUCGAGAACUCAAAUCGAUGCUGCUUGUUUACGCCUGUCAAAUCCGACAUCAAGCGCUAGUGUCUCACGAGUAUGACGAUGCUCAUUCCCGCUGCUCCUCCAAAUAUAGCAGGUUGCAUGCAUACACGGUAAACACGCCUGAUGUAGUACACGAUACUCGGGCGUUCAAAUCAUCCCUUCGCCUAUCCUGGUCACUUGCUGUUGCUACACCGCGUCGGUCGAAUGUUCUAUGCAGUGUUCGUUCGUAAUGCAUUCGAUAGUCGGUCAAGAUAGUGCCGAAUUAUGCAUACCACCGUCGUUUUUCUGAUUGCAUGCUUUUGAUCUCGAUCAAGUAUCCAACGCGAGACGGCGGAUCCCUCUUGUGGUAACCCAAAGUUGAGGUAUAGCCACCUUUUUGGCGCAUAUCUCCACUGGAAGUCAGAAGAUCAUGCAGGUCUAGGACUACGAAUCGACGAAUGCGAGAGCUUACCACUAAGACAUUUGUCCGACAGGGAAUCCAUUCGUAAGUAGUCGUGGCGCGAUGGAGCCUCACUGACGAGACUCUAUCGUUCCAAUUAAGCGAAUCGAUUAGCAAUAGUUGUUGACCUACUCCGAACCUGCUUUCAGCCCAUCUAGCCCUUGGCUCCGAACUCCCGACUACCCAAGACAGGAUGUUCUUGUGAGUUCGAAAAUUUCAAGUCGUUGACGUGUUCUUAUUAAACCCAAACAUCCUACUCGUUUGCUUCUCACCCUCUCCUUUCCAAAUCACAAUCUCUCUCGUUCUUUCCGUCUGUCUCUCCCCAGGACUUGGUCUUUUCAUUCCCAUCAUGCCGCAUACCUCAUCACUAGUCAAGGCCUUGGGCCUCGCUGCCAUGAGUGCACGAACAGUGCUCGCCGAUUGCCUGUCGUAUGGUAUGGACUUCCAGAAUGGUGGAAGCUAUUUCCAGAAUUCGCUGAGCAACGACAACUUCACUUUCGUGUCCCAAUUCGAUGGCUGCAAUUCUGAUACGUGCUUCAACGUCUUUGUCAACCCUGAUGGCGUGCAGAGCCUUUGUUCCGACACUCAGUUGACCCCUGAUGACACCAAUCAGCUCUCGACCUGCCCAGAUUUGAAGAGUAGUUUGAGCACUGGAGAUUAUUCUGUCGUUCUCUUUAGCAACAACGGGAAUGGAACUCCAAUUGCAUACCAGAGAGACUUCCAUCUUUCAGUUGGUCCUCAGUCUACGUCCACGUUUACGCCGACCGUCAUAGUCACAUCUACGUCUACUCCUCUCGUUAAUACAACUGUGACAACAACGGACACUGUCAACACCACGCUCCCUGCCCAGACCAUCACCAGUCCGUCGGCUACAAUCACACCCACCACAACCGUUACACCCGCAAGAGUAACCUCCACCUCCACCAAAACCCUCGCAACCAUCAAAAUCAACACCUUCUCUGUCUCCGUUGCCAAAGAGACCAAGACCGUCACCGCGAGCUGCAAGCUCCCCACCAAGCCUUCUAAAUGGGAUCCAGUCGCCAGAAUCAAGCCCACAGUUGGCCCUUACUCAAAGAUCAUCAACUCCAAGUACCGCCGCGAGGUUCUCGAAGAGGAACGCAGACGCUUCGUCCAAGAACGCACCGAGCGUAUGGAUCUUGUGCGCCGGGCUCCCGAUCCACAGCCGCUCAUUGUCACCGACACGAAUACGGCGGAUUAUCCUACGUCGACGACUGUUGUUACUGGACCGGCGGUCACUGCUACCGUGACUACCGAGGUCACCACCACAGCAACAAUCACCCCGUCUCCCGUCGUGGUCCUCAAUGGCAAGACAACCGCUGCCCGCGUCACUGUCACUGCGCCUACGCCAACAAAGAUCGUAACUCGCUACACAAUCGCAAAGACCACAAGCACCCAAGUCAUGACCGCCACUAUCGUCAUUCAAUCAACUACCACCCCUGCUGCCGUCGCUGCUUCAUGCUCAGCCGCUGGCGGAACUCUACAGGGAAAACCAGGUUGGAACAACCAAGGCAGCUGGGGCAAUAACCCCAACGACGAUAACGGCCAAUGGGGAAGAGCACGUCCAUCGCAACAGGAGGAUCGGAGUCGGGGUGGGCGGCAGUGGUAA